AUGACUUCCUUUACUCGAUGCACUUUUCUUUUUUUACUUUUCAUCUUGUGCAGCUACACGCUUGCCUUGACAGAAACGAAACCCCUUUACAAGGUUGAAGUCAUAUCACCAAAGCCGGGUGAUGUGUUUAAGAGGUGUCAACCUAUAACCCUUAAGAUCGAUACCGCUGCACCACAAGGCCCUGAAAUUCUAGAGCUUUACUGUGAACUUAUCGAAAUCAUGGAUUUAUCGCCCCGCCCCUCACAAGAGCUCGUGGUCGGAAUAUUAAAUAGGCAAAUUACUGGUGGCCCAGCUGAAUAUCAAAUAGUAACAGACCACAAAGGUCCAAAUACUAUUUCUAGGACUGGUAAUCACACCCUUCGGUUGCGUGAAUUGAUUAACUCGGGUACAAGAGAUAGCACUAUUUUCCAAACGAUCGAUAUUCCGAUCGUUAUCAGUCCUUGA